UAGGGGCCAGAAUUCAUAAUUGGUCACAAAGAUUUUGUGGAGACCAUCUUACCGAGUCUGAGUCAAAAUGACAUGAUGCUGUUUCUGUUUGCAGUGAAUGAUGACCUGCAUGAGGUGACGGCACUGGCUGAUCAAGUGAGGCGAAGGACAUCUAAUUUGCAUGCAAUUGCUCAUGACCUUGAGAAAUUCACCAUUCCUGAAACAGUAUGCAACAUGUUUGGAACCGUUCUGCACAUCACAUGGUCUUUUUCUUCAGAGGAGGUGAACUCAGUUGUAAUGAGACAGCGCUGGGAGCUUUCAACUAAAUGGUGUCUUAAUGCAAUCAGCACUGGAGCUCAUGUACUGAAGGGAAAAGUCUAUAUGAAUGACAUGAUAGACCUCAGAGUAACUAACAGCAAGCUGUACAGGAGAGCCAUCAACAUUUUACAGCGGUUCACAGGCUGCUCCAAAAGCGAGUGUGAAAGAGCUCUACUGAGAGCCAUCUACAGUACAGAUGACCUGAGUGAAGACAUGACAUCAGCAGAUGUGUGGAAACACACAGAUGCGGCUAACAGACGAGAUCGAGUGGUCCCGACUGCACUGGUGAUGAUGCAGUGUGGCUGCACUCUCGCUGAAGCACGGCAUCAUUUGGAUUGUCAUCCUGUGAUUCGAGAUGCAGUGAGCGCCUGCUUCAAUUCUUCCAAGACCAAAAGUACUAUGGACUAAACAACAAAAUAAUGCAUUCUCACAAUGAAGGGGCAUUUUUAUGAUAAUGUGUUUGAGGCUGUGUUGCUUGGCUACUUAUCAGUGACUACAAAUUGUUAUACUCUGUAUGCAUGCUGUGGCCUUUUGUUUUUGUUGAAAUAAACCCAAC